GUUCUUUUCGAAAUUAAACGUUGCAAUUACAGGCUUCCCGCCAGUUCCGUUAAAUUUCUUUCGUUUCAUUAAUAAGUUUUCUACUGAUGUCUGUACAGUCUGGCAAGUCAGCAUCUGUAGACUUCUGGUGUUGGGAUGAAGUAGUUCGCAAGACUAAAUCUACAGUUCUUGUUCUUGAGUCUCUGAGAUCAGAACAACAGCAGAUAUCUGCUGAUUUAGAUUUAAUAGCGAAUUCGAAAGACGCCGAUCAGCACGAUAUUUUAUAUGCCAAGGAAAAAGCAUCUUCUUUGGAUUCAAUCAUUCAAAAAAUUUGUAAAGGUUUGGAUGAUGCCAACGUUGUAAUAUUAUUUUGUGACUACCUUCAAAAAGUAGAAGCAGAAAAACAAAAGUUACGGUAUCAGAGUCGUCGGCUUUUUCAGGAGAACUCUUGGUUGAGAGAUGAACUUGCGGUUGCCCAAGAAGCACAUAGGAAAAGUGAACUAAAGAUAGUUCAACUUGAAGAAGAAGUAAAGCAUCUUCAAUUUAGCAGUGAAUUGCGAAAAUAUGACUCUUCUGAACCCGUGGAAUCCUCGGGACUAACCGAUGGUGAGAAAAAUAAUGAUAAAACUGCCCUUGAUCUUGGGUUUCCUCCUGAUGAUAAAGAAGAAGGAGAUCAAUAUGGAAUGACACAGAGUCAAACUGUCUCCAUGUCACAGGGUGUUCAUAAUUACGAAAUACCAACGCGUUUGCGAACACUUCAUAAUUUGGUAAUACAGUAUGCUAGUGAAGGUCGUUAUGAAGUAGCGGUCCCACUGUGCAAACAAGCUUUAGAGGAUCUCGAAAGAAACAGUGGACGCAAUCACCCUGAUGUUGCGACAAUGCUGAAUAUUUUAGCUCUUGUAUAUCGUGAUCAAGGAAAAUACAGAGAAGCUGCAACAUUAUUGAAUGAUGCCCUAACGAUUCGAGAAAAGACGUUGGGACCUGAACAUCCUGCUGUGGCUGCGACUUUAAACAACUUGGCUGUGCUUUAUGGUAAACGUGGAAAAUAUAAAGAGGCGGAACCAUUGUGUAAAAGGGCUUUGCUAAUUAGGGAGAAUGUUUUGGGGCAGGAUCAUCCGGAUGUUGCUAAACAGUUAAAUAAUUUGGCUUUAUUGUGUCAAAACCAAGGGAAGUAUGAAGAGGUGGAGUUGUACUAUCAACGAGCCUUGGAAAUUUAUAUACACGAUCUCGGACCAGACGAUCCAAAUGUAGCUAAAACUAAAAAUAAUUUAGCUUCAGCCUAUCUUAAACAAGGUAAAUAUGCUGAAGCUGAAAAAUUAUAUAAAGAGGUACUUACACGAGCUCAUGAAAAAGAAUUCGGAAAAAUUUCUGAUACAAACAAACCUAUUUGGAUGCUUGCAGAAGAACGUCAGUCCGGUCAGUUAACCAAUGCAAAUAAAGAUAUUAGUGAAAUUGUUCAAUCAAUGUGGUCACGUAUUUCUCGUUCAGAAAAUCCAACUGUCGGUACAACUCUUCGAAAUUUGGUUGCCCUUUAUCGUAGACAAGGUAAAUUUGAUGCGGCUGAUAUAAUUGAUGAGUGUGCUUCAUACUCUAAGACGUCAUCAUCUGUUUCUGAACCUGACUAUGAACAGCUGGAACAUAAGCCACGAUUUCCAAUCAAUGAUCAAUAUCCUAGGCGAGGUUAUCCACGCCAUCCAUAUCAGCGUGUUGAAGAUAGAUCUAUGAUCACUUCUUCACGUAGUCUACUUGGCCCUCCGAAUGGUCACCCUAUCAAUAGACGAUCAUUUCCUCCUAGUCGUGGGUUUUUCAGGUAGCUUAGCUUUCUCUAGCGCCCCGGUCUAUUCUCUAAUUCAUUUGCACUUAAACGUUGGCCUUUAGUAGAGCUUCUGUUUGCUGCACUGCAUGAUUAUAUGAUCCAUCACAAUUUUAGUCUAUUGAUUUAGCAGUUUAACCCGAAUUCGCUUCCUUAGUAAUUAUGAUUCAACCUUUGGUGACGUUAUUUAAAUGAAGGUAUUUAUUAUUCAAGCUUUUCGUUUCAUAUAUAUAUAUAUAUAUAUAUACACAUAAAUUUUGUGUCAAGAUGUUCUUUUUAAGAACAUAGUUGGGAUUUUUCCUUCUGUCUUUCUUCCUUGCUGUUCCUUUUUUAUUUUUUUUAAUAUAUUACUUAGACACCAAUUUUGUUUGCCCAUCCUUACUCUGUAUUUGGUUUAUUAAAAAAGAUAAAAUAUGUGAUCCUAUUUAAUGAAUAUAACCAAUUAGUCAAUGACCGGUUUUAUGAAUUAAAUAUAGACCACUUAACCAAUAUUUUAUUGGUAAUGAUUGGCCAAUGUAGAUCAGACUCAUUUUUUCUCUAAAUAGCAUUUAGGAUUUGAAGGAAUGUGAAGUGUUGGAUACAUUAAUAAAAUAAUAUCUUUAUUUUGAAUCAUUUGAACCUUUCUUACAAUACUCUUCUGAUCCAGAUGACACCAUACAUCAACAUAAAUAAUGCUUAGGUAUACGUAAGGUAUUUUUCAAUCUUUUCAGUUGCUUUAAAUAUAUCACUAUAUGUAUUUUCUACUUGGAAUUUUACUCGUACCCUUAGUUAUUUAUUUUCCAGUCCCAUUGUACAAAUGAUGCUUUUAUGAUACAAAUAUCCAAAUUCAUGCAUCGUUUUUACUUCAGUAUUCAGAGUUCAUGCUAUUGGGUAUUUUCCAGAAUGAUAUAUCUGCAAUCUUAAAAGGACUGACGCUAGACGACGUGACAUCACAGUAUCACAGUUAAAGAUGCUGUAAAUCCUCCAUUCAACCUGAAACCGACCUAUCUUAAAACUGAGAUACUUACACUAAUUAAUUGCUUCGUCUACUUUAAUCACCAUCACCGAGUCGUAUAUUGAAAUAUUUGUUAUUUAUUACCUACUAAACUGUCGCUGUUAGAGCACCCCCAGGGGAUGCAACGAAGCUAAUUAGGCAGAUCCUUUUACAUCCACUACUUUACUCUUGAAAUUCACAUAUGUAAGAAAAUACUGAUUAGUUGUGUUUUAUUACAAUCAUAAGUUGUUCUUAACGCGUCUUUAUAAUUAUUUUCAGUACUUAAUAAGUGUGGUUCUGUACUAUUAAUAUUAUUUUUUUCUUCGAAAUGUUCUAUUUAGUUAUCAUUAUGCAACAAACAGUUGAUAAAACGAUACUGACUAUUGUAAACUUUAGAAUUUCAUCUAUUUUUAAAUAUUAAUUCUACAAAUGAAGAAAUAUUGCUUAUAUUUAAUUCAUCGCCUAAUGUAUCGACGUAAUCCUAUUGUAAUUUCUCGUUCUACAUGAAUGUAACUAGAAUGUGUCACUUUUUAAUUAUCUAAUCCCUAGAUGUUAAUCACUGUUACACUACUACUCCCUGUGUUACUGCUAUUGCUACCAUAAGUGGUUUUUGUUAUAUAAAAUUUACGGAUGAAAGUUUUUGUAUAUUAUGCAUCUAUUAACAUUUAAAAUGAUCCGUAGCAAUUAUGAUUAGCAAUAAUACUGCUUUUAUGUAUUUUUACCACUGUUAAUUAGUAGUUUAUAUAUAUAUAUAUAUAUAUAU